AUGGACCCACACAAUCUGGAGUACAUCAAUGACCUCCUUGACAAAGACGCUGAACUCAGAGAAAAAAUCAAAGACCAAGUGACCGAAUUUGACAAGAAAACGCGUACUAUUAACGGAAUGCUCAACAAAAUUCAUUCGACUCCAACUGAUAAAAUUCCCGCAUUACUGGAUAAUGCUGUACCCGUGCUAGAGAGCUGUCGUGAUAUUACGGCUGCACUAUCUGAGUUGAUCCCCCCGAACCAAUUCUGGCGUUGGAAGGACAUGUGGUCUAUUUCAUUGCGCAACGCUGUGUUUGCCUCGACAUUGAUCGAAUUCCUCAAGAGCGGCGCGCUGCUUACACUACCUCGCUCCGCUGAGGUUCUAGGGAUCAAGGAAGAAUGGCAAGAUAGAUUUUCCUUAAGCGUCGAAGAUUAUCUCCAUGCUCUCAUAUCCUUGGUCAACGAACUGUCUCGUUUGGCCGUUAACGCUGUGACGCUUGGAGACUACGAGCAACCCAUAAGGAUCUCAGUCUUUGUAAAAGACAUCUUCGCUGGUUUCUCUAUGCUGAAUUUGAAGAAUGACACACUCAGACGCAGAUAUGACAGCUUAAAAUAUGAUAUCAAGAAAAUUGAAGAAGUGGUAUACGACGUGUCGCUCCGAAAACUUGCGCCGUCCGCUGCGAAAGGCGAUCCCUUGGCGAAAUGA